AUGACGACCUACUUUUCCGCUGCUGGCCACAUUUCACAUGCGACACAUGCCUCGCCUCGCCGUACCCUUGCUCAUGGUGCGCAACUAGCUCGACCUGCGUGCCUAAUCAGCUCAUGCCACAUCCCUUCGCCAUCCUCUCGCCAUUAA